CAUAGCUGUUAGAUACAGCCUGUAGUUGGGGCCUCUGUGGAAGCAAAGAGGGAGGAGGAGGAGGAGGAGGAGGAGGAGACGAAGAAGCAAAGAUGAGCGUGAUCGACAUUUUAACCAGAGUCGACGCGAUCUGCAAGAAAUACGACAGGUACGACGUUGAGAAGCAGAGAGAUCUUGUCGGCUCUGGCGGCGACGACGCCUUCGCCCGCCUCUACACCUCCGUCGAGGCUGACAUUGACGCUGCACUUCAGAAAGCGGAGGCGGCCUCGAAGGAGAAAAGUAGGGCUUCUGCUGUUGCUAUCAAUGCCGAGAUUCGACGCACCAAGGCUCGAUUGCUGGAGGAGGUCCCUAAAUUGCAGCGAUUGGCCAUAAAGAAGGUUAAAGGGCUUUCAUCUGAAGAAUUUGCUGCUCGAAAUGAUUUGGUCCUUGCCUUACCAGAUAGGAUUCAAGCCAUCCCAGAUGGGACUGCAGCUGCACCCAAACAAACUGGAGGCUGGACAGCUUCAGCUUCUCGUACAGAAAUCAAGUUUGAUUCAGAUGGGCAGUUUGGCAAUGAAUACUUCCAGCAAACAGAAGAGUCCAGCCAAUUCAGGCAAGAGUAUGAAAUGCGGAAAAUGAAGCAGGACCAAGGAUUGGAAGUUAUAUCAGAAGGUUUGGAUACAUUGAAAAACAUGGCCCAUGAUAUGAAUGAGGAACUGGAUAGGCAAGUUCCUUUAAUGGAUGAGAUUGACACUAAGGUGGACAAGGCUACAUCCGACCUUAAGAAUACUAAUGUGCGACUUAAAGACACAGUUAACCAGCUGAGAUCCAGUCGAAAUUUCUGCAUUGAUAUCAUCCUAUUAUGCAUAAUACUGGGGAUUGCUGCCUAUCUAUACAAUGUGUUGAAGAAAUGAGAAGAUGGAAAGGCUACUUUUUUAUGCUGGUAUGAUACUAGCUUUGCAGCGUUGCUGUGCGCUUGAUUUUGGUGUCAUUUGUUUUCCUGGUGCCUGAUUGUCUAUGUUAUUCUAAGUGGAUUGCAUUUCCUGUCUUUCAAUGUAACUUUAGGUACACCUGGCAUUUAUUAUAUCAACAGUGUAUUAUCCGUUCCAAUUUCCUUUGUCUCCUUGAUUUAUGCUAUGUUCUGAACUGGGAUUUUUGUAAGGAAAAGAAAAUGAAUGUUCUUAUAUACAUGUAAAUACGUUCUGUUAUUUUC